UCCUGCCGCGGGAUUUUUCCCCCUCUAUCAGUGGUCUUUAACAUGAUCACAGCAUGCAGCACAAUGCUUUAAAACAGCAAAGCUUCUGGAAAACCCAAACAAAAGGAACGUCACCAGGUGACGUCAGCCUAUAUAGAGCCCUGUGUGGUCGCAGCGCAUAAGCAAAUCCAUUCUUGUACCGCUUCCCUGAAAAGCUUUUCAGUAAAUGCACUCAUGCUACUACAGGAGCUUCUCUCAGCAAUAAGCCACCCAUCUGCCAUCAACAAGUUAGGACUAAAGGAAGCCACAGCUGCGGAAAAGGAAAACGUGAGCUUCAAUUAACCAGCUGAGCAGCCACGGAGGACGAAAACUUGUGUUAAGAUUUAAAAAUUGCAGACCUGUCAGAGGAGAUCAAGGCAGCAAUUUCAAAAGGAAUAUUCCAAUAGAGCAUCGUGGAUUUUGCACUAAUAUCAAAGGACACUAAACCCAGUCAAUUAUUCAAGGCUGUCUUACAUUAGAGCCUUUCACAGACUCACGGCGUUGAGUCUCAAACUACGACUGAAUGCACCCUCCAAUGUACUCAAAAGAAUGGGCUUACAUUUCAAGUGGCCAUUAGGGGCUCGUAUGCUGGCAGCACUAUAUGCAAUGAGUAUGGUUUUAAAAAUGCUGCCUGCCUUGGGCAUGGCUUGUCCACCAAAAUGUCGCUGUGAGAAGCUGCUCUUUUACUGUGACUCUCAGGGGUUUCACUCAGUGCCAAACACCACUGAAAAGGGCUCGCUAGGUUUGUCACUGAGGCACAAUUAUAUUACUGAACUUGAAAGGGAUCAAUUUGCAAGCUUCAGUCAACUUACUUGGCUUCACUUAGAUCAUAAUCAAAUUGCAACAGUCAGAGAAGAUUCUUUUCAAGGACUGUAUAAACUUAAGGAAUUAGUCUUAAGUUCCAACAAAAUCUUUCAUUUGCCAAACACAACUUUUAGCCAGCUGCUUAACCUGCAGAAUUUGGACCUCUCUUUUAAUCAGUUAUCCUCUCUGCACCCCGAGCUCUUCUACGGCCUUCGCAAGCUACAGACCUUGCACUUGCGAUCCAACUCCCUGCGGACCAUCCCGGUCCGCCUGUUCUGGGACUGUCGUAGCCUGGAAUUCCUGGAUUUGAGCACAAAUCGCUUGCGAAGUUUGGCUCGCAAUGGAUUUGCGGGAUUAAUCAAGCUGAGGGAGCUUCACCUAGAGCACAACCAGCUGACAAAGAUUAAUUUUGCUCACUUCCUCCGGCUGAGCAGCCUGCACACGCUCUUCUUGCAGUGGAACAAAAUUAGCAACUUGACAUGUGGGAUGGAGUGGACCUGGGGCACCUUAGCAAAGCUCGAUUUGACUGGAAACGAAAUCAAAGCCAUCGACCUCACCGUCUUUGAAACUAUGCCUAACCUUAAAACCCUCCUCAUGGAUAACAACAAGCUCACCACUCUGGAUUCCAAAAUCCUGAGCUCACUGACAUCCCUCACCACCGUGGGCCUCUCCGGCAAUCUGUGGGAAUGCAGCUCAAAGAUCUGCGCCUUGGCCACAUGGUUGAGUGGCUUCCAAGGUCGGUGGGAGCACGCCAUCCUCUGCCACAGCCCCGACCACACCCAGGGAGAGGAUAUUCUGGAUGCAGUGUAUGGCUUUCAGCUUUGCUGGAAUUUAUCGACUGUGGUUACCCCUGUGGCUACGACACCGUACACAGCUCCAACUACCGAGUACACGAAAAGAAUAAGCUCUUCUCAUUUCCAUGUGGGAGACAAAGAGAUUCCAACUACAGCAGGCAUGGUCGUUACCACCGAAGAACAGUUCCCCGAGCCAAACAAUGCCAUCUUCACUCAGAGGGUAAUUACAGGAACAAUGGCUUUAUUGUUUUCUUUCUUUUUUAUCAUUUUUAUAGUGUUCAUCUCCAGGAAGUGCUGCCCUCCCACACUAAGAAGAAUUAGGCAGUGCUCAAUGAUUCAAAACCACAGGCAGCUCCGAUCCCAAACGCGGCUGCAUAUGGCCAAUAUGUCAGACCAAGGACCCUAUAACGAGUACGAACCCACCCACGAAGGACCCUUCAUCAUCAUCAAUGGCUACGGACAGUGCAAGUGCCAGCAGCUGCCCUAUAAAGAAUGUGAAGUAUAAUACCUACAGCCCAUCACAAAGUAAAUCAGAUAAGUAACCUACUUUAAAAUUGUAGGGACCUACAUCAGAUUCUAAUUUUUACAAAUGUUGACAUAAAGCCUAAUUUUCCAAGCUACUUAAUGGAAACAUUGUUUAUGGAGUGGUGCAGUAUUUUUAAGUUUUUUAAAAAAUAAAUCCAUAAUAUUUUCAGUGUUAAAGAAGCAAUGAUUACAUUCAACUUGCACUCCUAAUGUUUAAAAGUCAAAGAGAUGCUCACCUCAAACUAUGUAAAAUGUUUCAUGUUAUGUAAUUAUAUGACUGUGUGUAAACAUUUAUACCCGAGUCUCCAUAUUCUACUUUUUCUACUGCAAACAGUCUUAGGGGAAGGAGACUGGAUAUCUGUGCAGGGAUCUGUGGGGGACGUGCGCUCCGUUUGUUCCACUGCAGCUGGAGGAUCCCAAACACUGCAGCUGGCUCUGGGCACUUUAAAGGCAGCCCAGGAGGAAGAUUUUCCUCCUCUGAGCAUUUCACUCCAGUAAGGGAAGGGAGGGAAAACAAAAGGAAAAAAAAAAAAAAAAAAAAGAGCAACAAAGGUCCAGGUGGGAAUUUCAGUGCAUUGGGGUGAAUUUAUCUGAAAUAGUUUUGCUCUGUGCAUGUUCAUGGCUCAGCUUGCUGAAAGGGACAGCAGGCACAGAAAGGAGCAGUUCACACAGGCACACACACACAGGCAGGAUGGGCACACACACGGGCACACACAAGAGCAGGAUGGGCAGGACAGGCAUACCCAGCUCCAGGCAGGAUGGGCACACACAGAGGAACAAGAUGGGCACACACUGAUGAGCACUCAGCCCCGGGCAGGAUGGGCACACACACAGUUCCAAGCAGGACAGGCACACACACACACAGCCCCGGGCAGGAUGGGCACGCACACACACACACACACACAGUCCCAAGCAGGAUGGGCACACACACACACACACACACAUACACAGUUCCAAGCAGGAUGGGCACGCACACACAGCUCCAGGCAAGAUGGGCACACACAGAUGAGCACUCAGCCCCAAGCAGGAUGGGCACACACACACACAGAGCCCCAGGCAGGAUGGGCACACACACACACAGAGCCCCAGGCAGGAUGGGCACACACACACACACAGUUCCAAGCAGGAUGGGCACACACACACACACACAGAGUCUGAUGCAGGAUGUGCACACACACACACACACACACACACAGAGCCCCAAGCAGGAUGGGCACACACACACACACACAGAGUCUGAAGCAGGAUGGGCACACACACGCACACACACAGAGUCUGAUGCAGGAUGGGCACACACACACACACAGUUCCAAGCAGGAUGGGCACACACACACAGAGUCUGAAGCAGGAUGUGCACACACACACACAGAGUCUGAAGCAGGAUGUGCACACACACGCACACACAGAGCCCCAAGCAGGAUGUGCACACACACACACACAGUUCCAAGCAGGAUGGGCACACACGCACACACACACAGAGUCUGAUGCAGGAUGUGCACACACACUCACACACACAGAGCCCCAGGCAGGAUGGGCACACACCCCUCCAGGAGCAGGACAGCCCUCCGUGUGUCCCCAGACUGGCACUGCAGCUCCUUUAGAGAGGCUCAGCAUGCUGGCAUCGAUUGGAAAUAUUAAGUGCAUUCAGUCCUCGGCUCCCUGGUUUCACUUGAUGAUGCUUUUCAUGAAUUCAGGCUAAUUACUUAAUGAUGAUGAACAAACAGCAUUUCAGCACCUUUUCAUGUGUAAAUACCCUUAAUGCAAGGUUCUCUUAAUUAAAAGCAAAUACCAACAGCAAGGUUAAGGAGAAGAGGGAAGGAAGAAAGGAAGGAAGGAAGAAGCCUCUCUUUGUCCCCCUGCUGCCCCCCCAGCUGAGGCUUCCUCUGGCUGGGAAGCUAUUUUCAUGCACUAACUCCACUGGUUUCUCUGGAGACAGAAUUAGUCCCUGUAAUAUAAGCUCUCACUUGUCCUCCUCUUCCAAAAUUCAAGAUAAAAAAAGACCCCUUCUUAUAAGUUAGGAGAAUAUGACUAGUUUAUAGAAUAGUUCACUGAAAAAUGUUUUGUUUCUUACUCGAUAUGGGACAGACUCUAAACUAGUAUGACUUUUUAAAAAAUCAUAUAUAAAUAUAUAUACACAUACACCUCAUUCUAAGGGGUAAUUUGGUUUCUUUAGCCAGAAGUACCAUAUUGCUAUUUAUACUCUAUUAUGGAACUAUAUGUAAAUAUUUGCAGAUCUAUGCAGCGAUGGUGGUACUCAGAUGCCACAAG